CUCUCAUUUACAUCGUCGCCGCCGCCGUUCACACCAACCAGCACCCCGAUACAAUGGGCUACCGCGACGACCGGGAGGAGGAGGAGAACAUCCCGCUGCGCGCAGGCAGCGACGACGACGGCCACGAGCAGUUUGUCGUGCAUGCGCCCCGUCCGCGCUCAAAGUCGCCUACACUAUCGUUGCACACGCUCUUCCAGAAGCGCAACUGGCUGCUACUAUGCGUUUCGGCCAUCGCGAUCAUGUCAACCACCAUGCUGCUCGCUGGCAAGCGAUUCCCGUCGCUGAUCGGAAACAAGGCGUACCACGACCUCGUGACCGUGCCAAAGUUUGAGAAGUCGGACCCUAACGAGUCCUUCAACUACCGCUGGUACACCGAGGCCAAGCUACGCUGGCUGACGGCGUGUCUCGCGCGCGACGACUGCCCGGAAAACGCAGACAAGGUCAUCAUUGUCAACACGUACCACUGCCAGUGGGCCCUCGACGACGAAUACCACGGCGGCGAGGGUGUGUGGUGCCUCGGCCUCAUCAGGUCGUGGGAGCGCCAAGGAUACACCGUGUUACACGGUGGCGAUGUUGACUGGAGGUUCGUCUACAACAUCUACCGCCAGAUUCCCGACCUCGUCAAGGUCAUCUUAUCUGAUGACGGGAAUGACGACCGGAACGGCAACUGGAAGAAGUACACCAAGACGCUCGAACGCAAGGACGGCAUCCCGGUGUGGAAGUACUUUGGCGUGUCGUACUACAUGACGGGGUCGCAGACGCAGGUGGGCCACGCCUGGAUCGUGACGUGCGAGAACGACCCGCCCGAGCAGCACCACAUCGAGGUGCACAACGGCGUGGCGUGGCUGUACACUGGCGACGAGGACCUGCAGGUGCGCGCGACGCCCGACCACUCGCGCUUCACGUGGCUGGGAUACCCGUUGCACCCGUCGCCCGAGGAGACGCAGAUCACGCCGUGGCACGAGCGCAAGAACCGUGUGUGGGUCAUGACCAAGGAGGCGCACCUGUUCCACAACGGCCACCAGCAGGUGUACAACCUGAGCUUCUUCACCGACGCGCACAACGAGCUCUCCAAGGAGUUUGAGGGCUUCGAGUUUGUCGGCGGGUGGCAGGACCACCGGAACGACGAGGAGAAGGCGGCCAACCCGAUCCCGAAGGAGGUCAAGAACUUUGGCCGCCUCAACGCGACCGAGUUUGACAAGGAGUAUUCUGUCUCGCGCAUGAUGCUGGGUGUCGGCUCGCCGCCUCUCAGCCCGAGCCCGUACCGUGCCAUGAGCCGCGCCGUGCCCUUUGGCCACCCGCACCGCCUGCGCGACGACCUCAAGCCCGAGGACGACCCGCAGGACGACCGCAACUGGGGAUACCGCCAGCACGAGGGGAUGCAGCGGGUGCCAGAGCCAUACGCAUACCAGAUUGAAGCAUUCAACUACACUGCGUUUGUGGGCGCAAUCCGCAAGGCGUUAUCCACACCCCUCGAGUACCCGCUCCGCUUUGAGCGCAUGCGUGCCGAGCGCGCAGACAAGCGGUUGUCCGACUUUGUCGACGCCGACUGGCAUGGGUACGCCGAGGCGAUUCUCAACCGAAGAAUCGCGGGCACGGACACCGGCGAGGAGUUUGUUCUGUGAAGAGGACGCUAUCUCAAGGGACAUUGAUCAGUUUGGAUGGGAACGGCGCGAGGGCGGUGCCGGAUAGACUCUGUACCACUAAAUGUACUCGAUACAAUGCGUACAUUCU